ACCAGGUGCUUUUAGGGGCGACCUCUUACGCAUUUUGCCUGGCAUUUGAACGUUUAUGCACAAGGCUUGUGCUCGUCAACGUGAAAGCAAGGAAGUGCCAAUAACGAUCGAGGACCGCUUCAGUUAGCCUGUGGUUGAUAAGAUAAGAUGCGAUAUUUCGAGUCAGAUUCCAAGUCGAUUCUUGUCACAAAACUUCGAGCAUUGGUUCCUUCAAUCCCACCCUCCAUUUCGAUCUCUACCCGAUACCACUAAAAUGUCUCGCCCUACCCUUUGGCUUCGUUGUGAAAAGAAGGAGUUCGAACGUCGUGCGGCUCUCACCCCAACGACUGCCAGGAGGCUGAUCGAUGCCGGCUUUGACAUUUACGUCGAGCGCGACGAUCAAAGAAUUUUCGACGACGCUGAAUACGAAGCCGUGGGAUGCAAACUCGUCGAGAACAACUCGUGGCCAAGUGCUCCGAGAGAGAUACCCAUCAUCGGAUUGAAGGAGCUCCCUCUAUCUGACGAGCCUCUGCCUCACACCCACAUUCAGUUUGCCCAUUGCUACAAGAACCAAGCAGGCUGGUCCUCUGUGCUUGCGCGAUUCUUCAGGGGCGGAGGCACCCUCUAUGAUCUCGAAUUCUUGACUGACGAAAGCGGCCGCCGCGUUGCCGCUUUUGGAUAUCAUGCAGGAUUUGCUGGUGCCGCUGCUGGUGCUCUUGCAUUGGCUGCCAAGAAAAGGGGAGAAAAACUCGGACAACUUGAGCCUUACGCUAACGAGGAUGCCAUGGUCCACUCCGUCAAGCAGGCCCUCGGCGGAACUGGCAAGGGAGUGAAAGCACUCGUGAUCGGUGCUUUGGGCCGCUGCGGUCGCGGUGCAGUCGAUCUAUUCAAAAAGAUUGGUCUAGAAGAGGCAGAUAUUUUGAAAUGGGAUAUGGCAGAGACAGCAAAGGGAGGACCUUUCCAGGAGAUCCUUGACGUUGACAUCUUUGUCAACUGCAUUUACCUCUCAUCUCCCAUACCUCACUUCGUCACUCAUGAGCAAAUACGGGCAGCAGGGAAGGGCCGGGGUCUCUCCGUAAUUGUUGAUGUGAGCUGCGAUACGACCAAUCCUCACAAUCCGAUUCCCGUCUACAACAUCAACACCACUUUCUCCGAGCCUACAGUUCCUGUCGAAGUGGGACCGGAGAACCCACCCUUGUCGGUGAUUUCCAUCGACCAUCUGCCAACCUUGCUGCCUAGAGAAGCAUCAGAGCAAUUCAGUUUAGAUCUACUUCCAUCGUUGCUUCAGUUACCCAACAGACAGGCGGCGCGAGUUUGGACGGAAGCUGAGAAGCUUUUCAAAGAGAAGUUGGCGUUAGCGGUCAAAGCCGAAGGGUUGUAAAGGGAUAGAAUGUAUAUCAGAGAUAGUCACUGUACCCAAAGGCUACUGUAUACCGAUUUCAUUUAUUUGAGAAGGCUGUAUACUGAUUUCAUUUACCUGAAAAGACGCGUUGAAGAGGACAACGGUGGGAGUGACACAAUGCCGUGGAGAUGUAUAAAGUGUACGAAGCUCGGACGGUAUUCAAGUAAGCUGCGUCAUGAUGUGGCUCUGAACAGGUUUGUGAUUCCGAUAAAGAUGAAGCACUGCUACAGUAAGUGAUGCUGCGCACACGAGACGUCCGUAGCUGUCACAAGAGUGUUCCAGGAGCAAGUGUGCAUAUUCUGAUCAUGUGUUGAACUGUUACGGGUCGCAACGAAUGUCAUGGCUUGUUUAAGCAGUUGCUUUACCCGUAUUCCAGCUUCCAUAGAUGAUCGCAAGGGCACUAGAAGAGAGCGUUCGCCUGGGUAACGACCGUCACCGCAGAUCUGUG